AUGCUGUCGGCUGGACUGCAACCCCAAAGCGUCGUGGCCGCGGGCACGGGAACACUGGGCGGUAUGGACUUCCGCCAGAUUGAGCCCUUCGAAACAACCAUUUGCGAGCGCCUGACGCGGGAGAUUCAACUCUGUGACAGUCCCACCAUUCCCACCGGACUGCGGAGUCCCUCGGGGCCGGCGGCAUCGACCACGACAUCGACAUCGUCUUCGCUGGCGCACGUGCUGCAAGGAGCCUCCACCGCUGUGCAGUUCCAUGCCAAGUGGUUCCUCCCAUCCGCACUCACUGUCCUCAUCGAGACCUCCAUCGAUGUAACCAGCCGAUCUUCGGCAACAACCGAUCUUUCCGCCGCACUCAACUUCAUCGACACCAUCGGGACGUACUCACUGAUCCCCACUCUGCUGCCUGUCGUGCGCUUCAUCUCCUACGCCUUCUAUCAAGGCAGCCGCUCGAACCGACACAAACGCAUCAGCCAGCACGCGUGGGUCGUCGCACAGCACAUUAUCGAAUCGCAUCUCGGCGGACAAUUCCCCGGAGCCCUUCUCACCAUCAUCUUUGACCACCAGCAAAUUCACACACGCUUCAGCAUCGGUGCCACGAUUGGAAGCUUGAUGCUCAUCACCCAAAAACUGCUUCCCGAAGACAAUCACGAGAACGCGAUGGAGGCGACAGACCUUCUCAUCAGCAUCCGGGCGGCUGCCAUUGAGCACGACCYGAUCUUGCGUGAACAAGUCGGUGUCAUGCUUGCCAGCAUGCUACGAACCACACGCAUCGCUGCCAGCAUGCAACAAGACGGCCUCAUGGGUAUGUACCUCGAGCAAGUCCAGCGGUGUGUCACACACGGGCUUUCCAGGAGCGAUCUUCAGCCCAUACUAGGAGCUUUCAUGCUCAACUCUCGGUAUUUCGAACCCUAUCACCUCUCACCGAUUGCGCUCCUCUUCGUCGAGGCUCGACAACCACUCCCUGAGGAACUGUCCAAUCAGCUCCUUCUUCCCUGGAAGCAGUCUCUGAUGCUGGACGACCAUGCCAUGUGGGAGACGAGCUACCGGAAUCUCAUGAUCAACCUCUGCGACUCUACCUUGUACACUCUCCAGCUCGAAGCAUUUGUCGAUGUCAGUGUCCUGGCAUUCUUCCAGACCGAGAGCCGUGCUUUGAGAGAGGAAUAUGUCGCCACACUCGAGAGUCUGCUCGCCAACCCCAGCGCUGCGCCUUCUAUUAUGGACACAUUGGCCAAAGGUAUUGUUGCCAUAUUCACGCACAAGACGCACAAAGUAAAGUGGGAAGCGCAGCGGAACUGGGUGUUCCCAAUAUUGUGUGAUGUUGCCAGCCGCAGUGUCGUCGCCAUUGAGUUGCUGCUCAGCAUCCGUGCAGACGCCGCAGGCGAGGGCUAUCUGGAGUUUGAACGUACAUCUGACAUUCAUGGCAUGUCCACCAUCGCGCUCAGUGUUUGGGUCAGUGCUAUCGACGACAUGCUUGUUCACACGCCGAGCAGAUGGGACGUUUACAAUACCCUUCUCACAAGACUGGCAGCACAGAUACGUAACCAUGCGCUCUGGCGCUCCAACUACACCGGGAUUGGCUUUCUACGAGAGUCCAUCUGCGAGUUGCUCAAUGCGGACUCAUACGUUGAACCUCCCGCCGACACAGGACUGAGCAAAUCACACAUUGUAUCGCAGCUGGUUCAGAUCUUAACGGCCAUUAUCAGUUAUCAUCGUGUGCUCAUGCGUGAUGACUUGAGGGCAGCUGUUGUCACAAUUAUCAAUGUUGCAGGAUCCCGCGAUCCCGCUGUCAGCAUACACUGCAUUCAUGCUUUGACUAUUUGUUGUUACGAGCUUCCCGAGCUAAUGGCCUCAUACAUGGACGCCAUCAUCAACAAGAUGACCAGAAUGGUAACUCAGCGACAAUUGGCCAUCUACGUGCUCGAAUUCUUCGCAGGGCUGUCGCGAUUUCCGGAGCUACAGAACAGAUUGCGGCGUGAGGACUUCAAGCGGAUCUUCGGCGUGUGCCACAGCUAUCUCCAAUCCAUCCGCAGCACUUCCGCUCUGGAACGCAAGCGCACUCCCACAAGCGAGCAGAGCGCUGGAAACGGAAGCACAUCUCACAACGAUAUGGCGCCGUACGUCUAUGCCCUCACACAUCACGUAAUCAGCUUCUGGUACAUGGCGUUGCAGAGUCACAACCGCCAUGGUCUGAAGGAUUACAUCACCAGCUGCUUGAGAUACACAGACCUCGAUGGAAACCAGCACAUCGAGAAUCAAGGCCUUGUGACAAUCGAUCUGAUGGAUCGUGUCGACGCGGAAGAGCAAAUCACAGCGCCAUUCGUCCAAGUUUUCGACGAGACCGACGGCCGCAUCAUCACGCGUCAUCGCGUUACUGGAAUACUCCUCAUCACAACGGAGACAUCUCUCCGAACCGGCAAGACGAUAGUCACCAUUCGACGCCCAUCGGGCACAGCUCAACAUCUCAUAUCGGCCAAACAGGACCACAACCACGAGAACAACCAGCCCCUCGACGAAGACGGAGUAGAGUCGCGUUUCACAGCAUCGGUUACAGUCGAGAAUGAUACGCAAGACUACAUCACAGUCUUACCAGAUGAUGUGACAGGCCGCAUCUACGGACGAGUCGCCAUUCCACGCCCAUCAUCAGCGCUUGGCUCGAUGGGCAUCAUCACACUCCCCGAGAAUGACGAAGCUGUGACACGUGCCAUUCAGGCGUUUGAUCGAACGUCAGCGCUGGACUCCCACAAGGCAGGCGUCAUCUUCGUCGGUGAGAGGCAGAAGACUGAGGAAGAGAUCUUACUCAACAUCUCCGGCACACCAGACUACAGAGAGUUUCUCGAAGACAUCGGCACCCUCCGCAAGCUGAAAGGUGCCACCUUCAACUCUCAAGGUCUCGAUCGCGCCGAAGACGCAGAUGGAGAGUUUACGAUCGUCUGGAACAACGACAUCACAGAGCUGGUCUACCACAUCACGACAUUCAUGCCCAACCACUCGGACCCCAGCCUCACCAUCCCUAACAAGAAGCGUCAUAUCGGAAAUGACUUUGUGAAUAUCGUAUUCAACAAUUCCGGCAGCGCCUUCGAUUUCAACACCUUCCCCUCGGCAUUCAACUACGUCUACAUCACCAUAUCGCCCUCUGAACGCACCAGCUUCGUGCAGGCUCGAGAGAUCACCGCCAACCAGCCAAAGAGGGACCGAUUCUACAACGUCCAAGUCCUCACCCGCCCAGGCUACCCGAGCCUCUCCUCGGCAGGGGAAUUGAAGGUGGUAUCAGGAGAGUGCCUGGGAGGGUACGUCCGGAACUUGGCGUUAAACGCCUGCAUGUUCGCCGCGAUGUGGAACGGAGAUCUUUCGGGCGAAUAUCCCUCCUCCUGGCGCCAGAGGCUGGAGAUGUUGAAGAGACUUCACGCGAAGUACACGCCCAAGUGGUAG